AUGGUCUCUGAGGAAGAAAUCAAGCGUUCUUUGUUUCAUAUGCACCUAGACAAAUCCCCAGGCCCUGAUGGUAUGACUCCUGGGUUCUUUCAAAAAUACUGGAACAUUGUGAAGAUGGAUGUUGUGGCACAGGUUAGAGCUUUCUUUGAUAAUGUUAUUUCCAAGGUGUUAGCUAAUCAGAUUAAAGUGGUGCUACCCCAUGUUAUAUCUCCAAAUCAAUUUGCUUUCAUUCCUGGGCGUUUAAUCUCGGAUAAUAUCAUGAUUGCUUUUGAAGUCAUGCAUUAUCUCAAGAGGAAACGUAAGGGUAAGGAGGGGUACAUGGCGUUGAAAUUGGAUCUUAGUAAGGCUUAUGACCGUGUUGAAUGGAGUUUUCUUAGAGCAAUGAUGGAAAAAAUGGGUUUCGCCAAUCAUUUUGUGGAUCUCAUUUUGGCUAUGGUGAACUCUGUGAAGUAUAAAAUUGUUCAUGGCGGCCAUGAUUUGGAGUCUUUUGUGCCAAGAAGGGGAAUUCGUCAAGGGGAUCCUUUAUCCCCCUAUCCUUUUUUGAUUUGUGCCGAAGGAUUUACUUCUCUUAUUCGAAAAUUUGAGCAUGAUGAUCUCUUGAAAGGUUGUAAAGUUGCAAAUGGGGCACCAAUAAUAUCACACAUGCUUUUUGCGGAUGAUAGCUAUGUUUAUUGUCGUACUAAUGAAAGGAAAGCUUCCAAUAUAUUGCGACUUCUUCACUUGUUUGAGGCUGCUACUGGGCAGCAGGUGAAUUUCAGCAAGUCAUCGAUAUUUUUCAGAUCUAAUACUCCUAUCGAUCUUAGAAAUAGACUUUGUACUAUGCUGGGAAUGUCUAUGGCUGAUGAACGAAGUACGUAUUUGGGUCUCCCAUGCACUAUGGGAAGAAAUGAAGAUGCGAUUUUGGGGUUCCUUAAAGAGAAAAUGCAGAAGCGAAUCCGAAGUUGGGAAGGCCGUCUUUUAUUGAAAGCGGGUCGUGAAAUUCUUUUAAAGACGGUGGCUCAAGCUUUGCCUACUUAUGCUAUGUCCGUGUUCUUACUUCCUUUGAAAACUUGCUCACACCUUGAAAGCCUAAUGUCGAAGUAUUGGUGGGGCUCUUCUAAUAAUAGAACAAAAGGUCUUAUUCGUGAUGGAGCUCGAAGAAGAAUCGACUCAGGUGAUACUACUCCAGUUCUUAAUGUCCCGUGGCUGAUGUAUGAUGUCAAUCUUUAUGUGUUAUCUACACACCCUGCUUUGUCUCAAUGCAAAGUCUCGAAUCUGAUGCAAGUUGAUAACAAGCAAUGGGAUUUAGAGGUAAUAACUGAUUUAUUUGAAUCAAGGGAUAUUGAUUUGAUUUUGAAGAUACCUUUAAGUAACACUUUAGAUGUUGAUACCAGGUAUUGGAGUAAAGAACCAUCUGGUUUUUAUUCGGUUAAAAGCUCCUAUCAGUAUCUCCAAGAAUUAAAAGGAGAUUGGAGCAUUCAAAUGGAAUCAGAUUUAUGGAGAAUCCUUUGGAAAGUUAAAGUUCCCCCCAAGGUUCUUCACUUUGCUUGGAAAGCUAUAUCAGGUUGUUUGCCUACUCGAACUCAGCUACUACGAAUCAAACAUGUCCCUGUAGAAUCCCUUUGUGUUUUUUGUAAUUCUGAGGAAGAAUCUAUUCUCCAUGUGUUGGUUGAUUGUCCUUUUGCCAAUUCUUGCUGGAAUAGGUCUGGUGUGGGAUUAAAUUUCUAUACUGCCAGCACUUUUACUGACUGGUUCAAGGGGUUUUUGGUAGGGGGUAGGUCGAGUAUGUUGGAGGAAGUUUUGAUGGUUGGAUGGGGCAUUUGGAAAGCUCAGAAUGAGUUACUUUGGAAGGGACGCUCAAGUACUGUUGCUGAGGUUGUCCGAUUAGCUCGAAAUGCACAUUUUCGUUGGAUGGGACUGGAUGGGAGUUUAAUUGAAGCAUAUUCUACACUGCAUAAUGGUGCUUGUCAGCCGGCUUUAGCUGAGGUGUUGAGUGUCAAGGAGGCCCUUAGUUGGCUCAAGUUGAAGAAUUUUUUGAAUGUGUUAAUCGAGACUGAUUGUAUUGUUGUCGUUCAAGCUAUGUACAGCUCGGCUGCACUUCUUUCUGUUUUUAAUAUGUUUAUUCAAGAGUGUCAAAUGAUUCUUGAUUCUUUAAAUAAUGUUUUAAUUUCUCAUGUUAAACGAUUUGCGAACAAAGCCGCACAUUGUGUUGCUCGCGGUGCUUGUUUUUGGUCUGAUCGUCUUUUUACUGAGAGCAAUAUUCCUUCUGCUCUUCAGUCUAUUGUAAUAGCGGAUAUUACUGUUUAA